AUGUUGGGAGUCCUCCUUGUCCUCCUGUCCCUCUCCUCUGUGGUCUGGGCGCCCCCUCCCAGUGUUCCUCCUGACCCCUGCAGACAAUGCUGUGACCACCAGGGGGCAGCAGAGAGCAGCAGAGGCCCAGAGAUCCGCACCUACAUCAACAUGACCAUUUUGAAAGGGGACAAAGGAGAUCGUGGAGACCGAGGGACUCCAGGUAAAACUGGACAGGAAGGCCCCCCAGGGUUCCAGGGCCCCGAGGGGUCAAAGGGCAGCAAGGGUCAGGCAGGUCCCUCAGGAGACCCCUGCAAAGUCCAGCACGCUGCCUUCUCAGUGGCCCGCCGUAAAUCCCUCCACAGCAGCGACGCCCACCAGGCGCUGAUCUUCGACACGGUCUUUGUGAACCUGGACGAGCACUUCGACAUGUUCCAGGGCAAGUUCCUCUGCCGGAUCCCGGGGGUCUACUUCUUCAACGUCAACAUCCACACGUGGAACUUCAAGGAGACGUACGUUCACAUCAUGCAGAACGAGACGGAGCGGGCCAUCGUUUACGCGCAGCCCAGCGACCGCUCCAUCAUGCAGAGCCAGAGCCUGAUGUUGGCGCUGCAGCUGGAGGACCAGGUGUGGGUCCGCCUCUACAAGAGGGAGCGGGAGAACGCCAUCUACAGCGACGACGUUGACGUCUACAUUACGUUCAACGGAUACCUCAUCAAACCCACGGAGGAAUGA